GCAACAUGCAGAAUUACAGCUAUUUUCUCAACCAGGCGAUGAAGUCCUCCACCGAUCUGCGCGAUUUCCCGCAAGAAGCGGUAUCCACUGCAAAAGCAUUGCACUUGUAGAUUAAUCGCAGCCAUGCAUCACAAAUGUCCUUCUUCAGGUGAAUCCGCAUUACAAAUUUCGUUUCAUCUCAUGCUGAGGGAAUUUGUCAUGCGAUUUCUACUACAAUGAUACUUUUGCAAUCCAUAAGCGGUACUCGACUACAACAUUGUGAAACACGCAGUGGUAUCAAAUGCAAAAAUGUCUGGGUCUGGAAAUUUGUAAUGCAAGUCAGCGAGCAAUUGCAAUAGGUGAGCUGUAAUGCGCAGCCAAGCAUGACAAGUUUUUUUCGUGCUUCUUUGCUGCGCAUUCCGCAUGAGAAAGUGCGUUUUUGCAUGACAGGCGAAAGAGGCUGUUCGUGGCCACGGAAUACAGAGUGCAGAGCCAUGCCAGACUAGCAUGACAAAUCUUGCAAUCUUCCAGACCCAGCCACUUUUACAGUUGAUAAGUGGGGAAUAACCCAAGAGCGUUCCAGUUCAGUUCGGUUCACUGUCGCGACUCUUUGGAGAUCGCCCUGCUGGCCGUGGGGAAAGAGGGCUUGAUGCUGGAAUUUGCGAGUGCCAGACUGAUAUCAAAUGCAAAUAUGUCUGGGUCUGAAAGGUUGGGAGAUUUGUGAUGCAUCUCGCGAAUCACGCACAUGGUCUGGAAUGCACACAGAAGCAUCACAGAUUUUGCGAGGCCUUCCUCAUGCCGCUCCGCAUGAGAAAGCCGCCUUUUGCCUAGCAAGAACUGGGCAGCUUUUGGCGUUCAUGCAACACAGAUUUAAUGCAGUCUUCCAGACCCAGACAUAUUUGCAAUGCAUAACUGAAGGAAAGCAACCGGGACCUGGUGCUGGCUGCAGUCCGGCAAAACGGCCUGAGCUUGCAGUUUGUAGUGGAAAAUCUACAUCAUGGUUCUCGUCUGCGGCAGGAGCAGGACAGGGGACUACACGAACAGGAGAUGAACCCACGACACUACAGAGAGGAAGC